CAUCUUUUUCAUUUUUUAAAAAAAUGGUUGAAACAUUAAAUCCAGGUUGCAAAUUAGAUUUAAGUUGGAUUGAAAAAUCACAUGUUAAUUAUCAAGCAAUUAAAAAACGUGCCAAAUAUUUAGAACAAUUAAAGCCAUUUGCAACCAAAGAGCAUAGGAUUGCAUGGUUGUUAAAAGCGAUCACCCUUAUUGAUUUAACAACCCUUAGUGGAGAUGAUACUGAUACAAAUGUUACAAGAUUAUGCCAUAAGGCAUCGCGUCCACUUACCGAAAAAUUAUCAUUAUUCUUUGGAUUCGAUCAAUUAAAUGAGGAUUGUCAGCUUAGAACAGCUGCUGUUUGUGUUUAUCCUUCGAGAGUAAAAUGCGCUGCCGAGAUAGUCAACAAAUUAAAUUUAACUCAUAAACUUCAAGUUGCCGCUGUGGCAACUGGUUUUCCAACCGGACAAUAUCCAUUACAUACUCGAAUUGCUGAAAUUCAGUAUGCAAUUGAACAAGGUGCCACAGAAAUCGAUAUCGUUAUUGAUCGCAGUUUGGUAAUCAACAGUAAAUGGGAACAAUUAUACAAUGAAAUAUCUGAAAUGAAGAAAGUUUGCGAUGGUAAAGCUCAUAUGAAAUGUAUUUUAGCCAUUGGAGAAUUAAGUAACGCUGAAAAUAUUUAUAAGGCAUCGUUGAUUGCAAUGAUGGCGGGAAGUGAUUUUAUAAAAACAUCAACUGGAAAGGAGAGUAUAAAUGCAACGUUACCAGUUGGUAUCAUUAUGUCAAGGGCUAUUUUGGAUUAUUAUGAUACAACUGGAUUUAGGGUUGGAUUAAAACCUGCAGGUGGUAUAAGAACAGCUAACGAUGCAAUUUCAUGGUUAAUCAUGGUAAAAGAAGAAUUAGGUGAUUAUUGGUUAAAUAAUAAACAAUUUCGUUUUGGUGCUAGUGGCUUAUUAGGCGAUAUUGAACAGGAAUUAUACUUAUAUGCAACAACUAGAUAUCCUGCACCGUAUCAAUUUAAAAUGUAAAGAAAA